GGAAAAAAAAAGAAAAAAGAAAAAAAAAAAGAAAUGAUUUCCCCUUUGACUUCCCGACGCGUAGGAAACCCCCCGGAACUUCAUCUCUGUUUUCACCGAAGUUAAAAUGUGAAUUGACUCCCAGUCUGCUCGUCUUUUUAUAUUGUUUUACGUAUUCCAUAAAAACAACCAAAUUUCUCCACAAAAACAACAUGCAAUCUUCUGAAUUUCAUCAAAUCAAAAAAUCUUAAUUCUUUCUUCCAUCCCCACCCAUGGCUCCAUCUUCUUCAAUCCAAUUCAUCGAAACGGCGUUUUCCUGCACCACCCCUUUUGCUCUCUCCUACUCCGACCCCGACCAGAAGUGGAUUAUCCGGCAACACCUGGUCUCUCUCCUUCAAUACUAUCCCAGUUUUCGCCUCUCCUCCGACCGUUUCACUCACAACAACGGGACAACCGUCAAUCUCCUGAAUGUCACCGGCAGCGUUAGGCUCUCCCAUUCCAUGCCGUCGAUUCCUCUCAUCAUCUGGCUCCAUGAAAAUUACCCUAACGAGCCCCCCCUUGUCUUCGUUUCACCGGACCCCACCAAUUCCAUCCACCGGAAUCAUGCGUUUGUUGAUUCCUCCGGCGCCACCGUCACUCCUUAUAUCAUUGCCUGGCAAUACCCGAGCUCAAAUCUCUCCGAUCUCGUACGGAAUAUGUUCAAACUCUUCAGCCGUGAUCACCCUUUUGCUUACAGUUCCGCUUCCGGCUUCACCCACCCUUCUCUCGUCUCAAAAAGGGAAGCCAUUGAUAGACUUACCGGAAUGCUUCAUUACGACGUCGCCGUGUUUCAGGCCAAUGCCCAGAGUGAAAUUGAAGAACUGUCGGUUUUGCAGGAGGAAUUGCGCCGGCGGGUUGUUAUCACGGACGGAAUGAUUACCGGCCUGGAUGAAGAGCGGGGAGAGUUGAAACAGAGAGUGAAGGAAUUAACAAAGGAAGCGCAUAUGUUAGCGAAUUGGGUGAGGGUUAAUGAUCCAAAAUCGAUCGUGACGGGGAUGAACGGCACCGGAGAUGGUGGUGUGGAAGAGGCGUUUGAGGCUAUCGACGGCGAAUCGCAGGUGGUGCUAGAUAGUUCUGCCACCGAUUUGGCCAUCGACGACACUAUGUAUGCAUUGGACAGGGCCCUUGAAAAUGGGGUUUUGGGCUUUGACUUCUACAUUAAGCAAGUGAGGAGCUUGGCAAGAGAACAGUUUUAUUAUAGGGCCCAGACAUGCAGCAUAACCCCAAGGUGACUUAACUUUGUUGAAGGCCCACUUGAAAGGUAGUGUAUUGUGUAAUUGAGAAUUUUGUUUUUCAAUGGUUCUCAAUGUUGUGUGGUUCAAAUCCUAAAUGUAAAUUUUAGGCCACAGAUUUUUCUAAAAUUAUGUGUACUAAUUCCACUAAGAUCUUCUUCGUUUUUUUUUUCUUUUCUUUUCUGAUGGUAAUUCCACUAAGAUCUUAUUAGCAU